GAGUCAGAAGAACUGUCCUCUGAUGAGGAGAUGAAAAUGGCAGAAAUGCGACCACCGCUGAUAGAAACCUCCAUAAACCAGCCAAAAGUGGUAGCUCUUGGCAAUAACAAAAAAGAGGAUUCAAAAGAUGCUGAUUCCUUAUCAGAUGAAGCUACCCACAAUAGCAAUCAAAACAACAGCAACUGUUCCUCUCCUUCUCGAAUGUCAGAUUCGGUUUCCUUAAAUACUGAUAGUAGCCAAGAUAUUUCUCUCUGUUCUCCAGACAAAGAAACACAUGCUGCUGUUUUAUCCAAGAUCAGGCGAGAAGACGAAAAUUUGAAUAAAUUUUUGCAAAAUGGAGGUGAAUUGAGCAUUACAGUAGAAGAAAAAAUGAAUGUACAAGAGGUCACCAAUUUGUCUGACUAUGAAUUAAGCAUUGAAGAAAGAUUAGGCCUGACAGGAAAAGGUGUUGAUGUAAGCACUUCUGCAGAGGAAUCUCACAAAUUAGACCAAAUAAACAUGAAUAUCAAGAAACUGGUUAGUGAAGAGGCAGUGCCAGUGUCUGCAGAAAGGUUACAAACACAGGAACUAGUUUCAGUAAAGGGCUUUUUGAAUAACAAUAUGAAAGAAGAAAGCGAGCACUUGGAAAAUGGAAAUAAAUAUCCAGUAAAUAAAGUAAAUGGACAUCUUGAGGAAGAAGUACGGUCUCCCAGUAAACAGAAAUUAACAAGAAGCACUACAGUUGAUGGUGAUUCUGCUGAGCUGUCUGUUUCCAGGAGCACUGAAGAUUUGUCCCCACAGAGAAGUGGUCCUGUGGUGAAAUCUCACAGCACCACCAGUAUGGACACUGGUGGUCUAAAAAUCUACGAUAUUGUCAAUGAGAAUGGAUCUCAACAGUCAAACUCAGUGGUAAAAUUAGCAUCUGAUAGUGCAGAUGGAAAAAAUAUAGUCAGAAGUAAAUCCGCUACUCUUCUGUAUGAUCAGCCUUUGCAGGUUUUUCCUGGGUCGUCAUCAUCAUCUGAUUUAGUAUCUUCUACAAAAACUGUGUUCAAGUUUGACUCAAAUCACAAUCCUGAAGGUGCUAAUGUAGUGAGAGGAUCAGUGACAAGUGGUGCACAGAUGUUCUGCACUCCCCAGUAUAAUAUUCAGUACAGCAGCAGUGCAACAGCGAAAGACACCUUGUGGCCUCAGAAACAAAACAGCCAAGUAGAACAAGGCAGUUUACCUCCUUCACGUCUGCUUAGGUCUGACAGUACAGAAACACCCAGCUAUGUAAAGCAUUCUGCCAAUAUGAAUUUUUCUAAUCAUAACAAUGUCCGAGCCAGCACUGUGUAUAAUACUCAUCAACGGAUGGCUGGGAGACAUGUAGAUAUGUGGGCUAUUCCACCAAAUGAUAGACUGCUCCCAGGAGCAACCAGACAUACUCUUCAAAGGCAAAGCAGUGUAUCUUCUGCAGCUUCUAUAAAUGUUGGGGAUACUGGACCUUCAAGGCGGACCCAGGUUCCUGAAGGGGACUAUUUAACAUACAGAGAUUUGCAUUCAAUGGGAAGAGCUCCACCAGUAAUGUCUGGGCAACAGAGACCUCUUUCUGCCAGGACAUACAGCAUUGAUGGUCCAAAUGUACCCCGACCACAGAGUGCUCGGCCAUCAGUGAACGAAAUACCAGAAAGAACUAUGUCAGUUAGUGACUUCAAUUACUCACGGACUAGCCCUUCGAAGAGAUCAAACCCAAGGGUUAACUCUGAGCAUUCUUUAUUAGACCCUCCAGGAAAAAGUAAAGUCCCUCAUGACUGGAGGGAACAGGUGCUGCGACAUAUUGAGGCUAAAAAGCUAGAAAAGAGCAUGCUGUCUAGGUCCUUUAAUUCCAAUUAUGCUGCAGUUAGCAGCUUUCACUAUGGCAGCUCUAGGGAUCUGCAUGGCAGCCAGGGUAGUGUUGCCUUGAGUGUUGCAGACGGAAGAGGUUCUGGUGUGCACAUUGUUCGACAUCCCCAGGCUUCUACUCCAGGAGACCAAUCCCAGGAUGAAGUAUUCAUUUCAGGACAGCAGAAUUACUCAUCUGCCACACUUAGUCUCAAAGAUGUUCCUCCAGACAGCAUGAAGAAAAUAGCUGUGCAGAUACCUUUGACAAAUGGACAAAUGUGCCAGCCUCAAAGACCUCAGGCAAACUACAGCCAAGUCCAUCAUCUCCCUCCUCAUUCAUCAGUAGCAAGACAUCCAUCUAGAGAGCAAUUAAUUGAUUAUCUGAUGUUGAAAGUUGCCCACCAACCUCCCUAUACCCAGUCUCAGUGUUCUCCCAGACAAAGCCAUGAGUUGGUAAAGCAAGAGAUUCGAGUGAGAAUUGACAAGGACCCAGAACUUGGAUUUAGUAUAUCAGGAGGAGUUGGUGGUAGAGGGAAUCCAUUCAGACCUGAAGAUGAUGGUAUAUUUGUAACCAGAGUGCAACCAGAAGGACCAGCAUCUAAGUUGUUGCAGCCUGGAGAUAAAAUAAUUCAGGCUAAUGGAUACAGUUUCAUCAAUAUUGAUCAUGGACAAGCAGUAUCUUUGCUAAAGACUUUCCAGAAUGCAGUGGAACUCAUCAUUGUGCGAGAAGUUUCUUCAUAAAUACUGUGGAUUGGGGGGAAAAGCCAGCAGGAUUCAUUAAAGGACUUGUGGGAAACUGAAUAUUUUGCCUAUUUUUAUACAUGAAAGGAACUUGAAAAGAAUUAUGAUCAAAAUUUGUACAGGAAAUACUGAACUUGUCAUUAAAGGGGAAAAAAAACACUGUAUCACACGUGCAGGAAAUCAUUUUGGAAAUGCAUAUGGGGAAUAGACUUGCGUUUAGGCAUUAUAGCAAUCUAAGGAUCACUCCUCCAAGAACAAACCUGUGUUGUUUUUUUGUACAGUUGUUAGGUUUAUUUUUGGAUAAUUCAUACACAUUACUAAACUUUGUGCAAGGAUUUGCGAAGCCUCGGUUGUAGCCAAUGGACAGAUGGCAGGGCUGUCUGUCCUGUAGCUGUUUAUUGCCUUUAUUUUUAUUCACGAGAUAUUAAUGUGUUAUGCUGAAACCACUUCUGUAGAUAUGGACAGGAGAUAUGAAAUGUUGGCUUUGCUAUGUGCACAUUGUAUAGAUGAAUGGGUAGAUGGAAGGUGGUGUUGACUGGACAGAAUAAAGGUCAGGUGAAGCAACUAUCUGCUAUCUAAAUCUGGAAUCA